AUGACCAUGAGCUUGGCUGGGAUUGGGAAUGGGGGUCCCGCCCCACCCCUGCCCCCUCCCACCAUCCCAGCUGCCUGCGCUGUCACCUCUUCAGAGCCCAGCUCGGCAGUGGAGGCUGCUGCAGCAGGAACGCCACAGGUGAACCCCCACAGCGUUGGGAGCAGGUGUGUCCGGACCCUCCGGCCUCCAUGCCCCGCCGCCCGCACGAUGCCGAGCCCUGGGUCCCCGCGGCCACGGCUGCUGCUGCGACUGCUCUCGCUGUGGGCGCUGCUGCUUCGGAUGGUAGAGACAGACUCUGAGGGACAGACGGCGGGGGAGCUAUACCAGCGAUGGGAACGGUACCGCAGCGAGUGCCAGGAGACCUUGGAGGCUGCGGCGCCCCCCUUAGGUCUUGCCUGUAACGGGUCGUUUGAUAUGUACGUGUGCUGGGACUACGCUGCACCCAACACCACUGCCCGCGCCUCCUGCCCUUGGUACCUGCCCUGGCACCAGCACGUCGCCAUGGGCUUUGUUCUGCGCCAGUGUGACAGUGAUGGCCAAUGGGGACCUUGGAGGGACCAUUCCCAGUGUGAGAACCCAGAGCGGAAUGGAAGCUUCCAGGACCAGAGGCUGAUCCUGGAGCGGCUGCAGGUCGUGUACACGGUUGGCUACUCCCUGUCUCUCAGCACACUGCUCUUGGCUCUGUUCCUCUUGAGUGUCUUCAGGAGGCUGCGCUGCACUCGUAAUUACAUCCACAUCAACCUGUUCACCUCGUUCAUGCUGCGGGCCGCUGCCAUCCUCACCCGGGACCGUCUGCUGCCUCCACCUGGCCCCUAUCCUGGGGACCAGGCCUUGACCCUCUGGAGCCAGACCUUGGCGGCGUGCCGCACUGCCCAGAUCGUGACUCAGUACUGCGUGGGCGCUAACUACACGUGGCUGCUAGUGGAGGGCAUCUACCUGCACAGUCUGCUGGUGCUCGUGGGGGGCUCCGAGGGGGACCACUUCCGCUGCUACCUGCUUCUUGGCUGGGGUGAGCCCCGACCCCGGUCUCCCACUGCCCAGCCCAGCGCGCCCUGA